AUGGGCAGUACUAAGUCCAGACAAACCACUCUCAGCAGAGAGCAGCAAAAGGCUAACAGCUUGAGUACAGGUCUAAGAGUCUCCCAGCCAAUUAAUGAACUGUGCGGCCUCUCUGUUGCAAUCAGAGAGCCCACAAGCAGGGCUGCAGGAGUUUUCACUAGUAAUGAGACUGCUGAGGCUGUUUUCUGUAAGUUUGUGUUUCUGCACGCGGGCACUGAUGCAGCUGAAGCCAUACAGAACCUGCAGCAGAAUAUGUUUUGUGUUAAAUCUAGAAUAAUCUUUGCAGAAAUGCGUUGCUUGAAAAACUUAAGUGAUGCUGUGAAUGGUUUAGCGUGGACUAUUAUGCUACUGACAAAAUUUUGAUCUUGGUCUGUAUUUCAGUCUUUUGCCUCCCUUGUCGAUGCUCUUAACAGCAUGAAUUACAACUCUGUGAUACCCGUGAGGCCACUGAAUAACACACUUACCCAGGAGAAAAUUGUUAAUGCACUGUAAGGUGAUAGUCCUGGCUUUGCAAAACAAGUGGAGAAAAUUUUCCAGGAGUCUGUAUACAGGCAACAAUGAGAGAUGUGGAGGGAGGAAAGGAUGAAACAGAAACUACAGCACUUGUCAUGGUGA